CUUAGAAUAAUUGAAAUCACCUUUGUAUUUCUGAAAUUAAGCUGUAACGGACACUUUCUGCGGCUUAAGAGGUAAUACGACUACCAAGAUGUUGAGGAAUUUUGCUGCAGGUCUCUACAGGGAAUGCUCGAGAGGAGUUGGAGCACAGUCGUUUUUGAGAGUUCGUCCACAAGUAUCCGCAUCGCAAAAUGGGGCAGCAUGCAGUACCGGUGCCGGGGAGGAAGCACAGGAUGACCCAAACUUUUUCAAGAUGGUGGAGCUGUUUUACGACCGUGGAGCAGCCCUGGUCGAGGACAGGCUCGUUGAGACACUCAAGGGACCAGAAACAAGCAAUGAAAAAAGACUCAAGGUUCAAGGAAUUUUGAGACUACUGAAGCCAUGCAACCAUGUACUAAGCAUCAACUUUCCACUUCUAAGGGACGAUGGUUCAUUUGAAAUGAUUCAAGCAUACAGGGCCCAGCACAGUCAACAUAGAACACCAUGCAAAGGAGGUAUCCGAUACAGCAUGGACGUGAGCGAAGACGAAGUUAAGGCCCUGGCCUCUCUGAUGACAUACAAGUGUGCCGUGGUGGACGUCCCCUUCGGUGGCGCCAAGGGCGGCAUCAAGAUCGACCCAAGGAAAUACUCCGAGAGGGAGCUGGAGAAGAUCACCAGGAGGUUCUGCAUGGAGCUAGCCAAAAAGGGCUUUAUUGGACCCGGUAUCGAUGUACCUGCUCCAGACAUGGGCACCGGAGAGAGGGAGAUGAGCUGGAUGGCUGACACCUAUGCCAUGACUAUCGGCUAUCAAGACAUCAAUGCUCAUGCUUGCGUUACAGGCAAACCUAUUACACAGGGUGGUAUACAUGGUCGUAUCUCAGCCACCGGGCGUGGUGUGUACCAUGGUGUAGAGAACUUUGUCAACGAGGCUUCCUACAUGAGUGCUGUUAGUCUGACUCCGGGCCUCGGUGACAAGUCAUUCAUUGUACAGGGAUUCGGUAACGUGGGUCUUCAUUCCACAAGAUACCUUCACAGAUACGGAGCUAAGUGCGUAGGUGUGAUGGAGAUAGACGGUAGCAUCUACAACCCAGCCGGCAUCCAUCCUAAGGAACUGGAAGAUUACAAGACGGAGCAUGGCACCAUUGUAGGCUUUCCUGGAGCAGAGCCCUAUGAAGGAAACCUGCUGACAGCGCAGUGCGACAUCCUGGUACCCUGCGCAGGAGAAAAACAGAUCACAGCUGACAAUGCCCAUGACAUCAAGGCCAAGAUCAUUGCAGAGGGAGCCAACGGACCUACCACCCCUGCUGCUGAUGCCAUCCUGCUGUCUAAGAAUGUGCUUGUUAUACCAGACAUGUUCAUUAAUGCCGGUGGUGUGACUGUGUCGUACUUCGAGUGGCUCAAGAACCUCAACCAUGUCAGCUACGGUCGUCUCACCUUCAAAUAUGAGAGAGAUUCCAACACACAUCUUCUUCAGAGUGUACAGGAGAGUUUGGAGAGGAAGUUUGGUCGCCAUGGUAGCGGCAUCCCCAUCACACCAUCAGACCAAUUCAAGGAUCGCAUCCAGGGUGCCAGUGAGAAGGACAUCGUCCACAGUGGUCUUUCAUACACCAUGGAGAGGUCUGCAAGGCAAAUCAUGAAGGUAGCGAUGAAAUACAACCUGGGUCUUGACAUCCGAACGGCUGCCUACGUGUCUUCCAUCGAGAAGAUCUUCACUACCCACUACCAAGCUGGUCUCUCCUUCACAUAGACUUCUUCUGAAAUGAUAUCUCAAAUUUAGAUAAUUGCAAUUUUGUCAGAUUAAGUUUAAUUUCAAUAUGUUUUGGGGGGUUUUAAAAAUAAAUCAAGUGCAGUUUUACAUUUUUCGGGGGCACUAUGUUGUGUCAUCUACCGUUGACUAUUACAAAUACUAUUGCAUAAUAACUUUAUUUAUAAUGUCUUAUAGAUUUUGGGUUAUUUGGUGCUUAUUAUUUAGGUAACCUAUCUUUUUAUUGACAUUUAGUUUCACUUUCUUUUGAGAACCACAUCAUGCAAGUUCUCAAUAUUUAAUAUUUGUCUGUCUACUCCCUGUCAGUCAAUGUAUGUAAUUGCUAUGUUACCAUGGUACAUCAUUUGCUAAGAAUGAUCAGUAUCAAUUUAAAGGAGAAAAAAAUUACAGUAAAAGAGAAAUGGGAUAAUAUUAUCUUUUAAUUGACACAUAAUCUCAAUUGUUUUUGAGAAACAUAUCGCACCAGAUACUCUGAAGAAUUUAUAGAGUGUUAUCUGACUUGUCCGCAAAGUGAGAUAUUGCUACAACAUUUCAAAAUGUAGUGCAUACAAUUGAUAAAUUAAAUUAGAGAUUAGUCAAAUAUAAAGAGAUUGAUAUUGAAUGCAAAAUCAAAUUAUAUGAAUAAUUAAAAAUAUAUGAAAUUUUAUUGUCUAUAUUAAUGCUCCUUCUUGAACCACUUUAUAUCAGUAUUAGUUCAUUUCCAAUAGAGUCAUAGUAAUGAUAUCUUAAUACAAAGUCAUUAUAAACACAGUAUUGUCUUUAUAAUGUUGGAAUUGUGUGUGUGUUUGUGUGUGGUUUCAAACAGUACAAACUUAAUAGUAGCCCAAAGAAUAUAACAACAAUGCUGUGUCUUUAUUAUGUGUGUGUCUUGCACAUAUUUCUAAAUUACUUUUAUUUUGUGAAAUAUUACUUUAAAAAGAUUGACAGUAAAUAUGAAUAGUUGUGUGUCAUGAACUGUAGUAUGAUACAUGUAUGUUUUAUUCUCACUUCUUUUUUUAAAUCCUAUAACAUUUCUUCAUGGUGUUAUGGAAAAGUUCUGCUACUUGUACUUCACAGAAUUAGCAGGAGAGAGUAGGGCAUCUCCUUGCCAACUUAAAACAUAUAUAACAUCAGAUUAACAAGGUUCUUAACAAGACUUUCAAUGUAUGAUGAUGUUGUAUCAUUGAAUUGCUGGUAUUUUUAACCUUUCCUUUACCACAUUUAAUGAAAAAACAAUGGAGAUGUACACUCAUGCAUAAAUCCUACUUUGCCACAGUCUUUUUAAGUAUUCAGGCACUGAAUGAGAACCACUUCCCUUCAAAAUAAUAUUCAGAAUAUAAUGCAAUGUAUAGUUGUGUAAUAUAGAAAAUGUAUCAUUAUCUGUUUGUUAUGAACACCUAUUAUAUUUAAUUCACACUACAAUCAUAAAUUACUUUAAACCGCACGUUUCAUUUCUUAUUUCAUUGUUGGAUAUUUAGGUGUAAAAGGUAACAAUGGAAAUGGGUUAACACACUAUUUCUAUAUAGUGCGCAAUGUAUGCUGCCUUUGGUAAUAUCAUGCUGCCUUCAGUAAUGUGUACUAAUGAGGUGAUGUGAACUUGAAGAAAUAAAAUGAUGGAAAUAGGGGACAAAA